AUGCCCAUGGACCGGACUCCAAUUAAAGUCCCGAAUACUUCUACAAACAUGCAAUUUGAUGAGGUACCGAUAUUUAAUAAUACAGCCGCAGAUGAGGCUGAAGUUCAGAGAGCAGAAUCAUUACAUACUGGUGAGUCAAAUCAAAUUAAUUCCAAUGAGUUUCGCUUAAUUAAACUCCUGACUUUUUGGCAUAAACAUCCGAAACUUUGGUUUGCGCAAUUAGAGAGCGAAUUUCUUGUGUAUAGAAUACGAUCAGAUGAUGUCAAAUUUAGCUCUGUAUUACGUCAUUUGGAUGAAAAAGCGCUUAUGACAGUCUCAGAUAUAGUUGAAAAUCCUCCUGAAAAAGAUAAAUAUAAUAUUUUAAAAACGGCUCUCAUUGAUCGAUUCACGGACUCUGAAGAGAAAAGAUUACGUCAACUUUUAGCUGGGAUCGAACUUAAUGAUAAGAAACCAUCGGAUUUACUGCGCGAAAUUAAACAACUUUCCGGCGGUUCUUUGGCCGAUAAUGUUUUACAUUCUCUCUGGUUGCAAAGAUUGCCAUUUAGAGUCCAAGCAACUUUAGCUGUUGUGGGUGACGUCCCAUUAAAUAAAUUAGCUGAAUUAGCUGAUAAAAUUUUAGAACGAGACAAUGGUCUUCUUCCAAUUUGUCAGUCGGUUGUGGAGGUGCCAAAAGCAGAUCCUGUUACGCCUAAUUUAGCUGACCUUGAAAAGCGAAUUGCAGCUUUAGAAUUUAAAUGUUCGCGUAGUAAGUCACGCUCUAAUUAUCGUCGUAGAAGAAAUUUUAGAUCAAAGUCAAGAGAUAAAUCUGAUUCAACCAAUUCUGAAAUUUGUUUUUAUCACAGAAAGUUUGGUUCAAAAGCAUUUAAAUGUACUGUUCCUUGCUCAAUGUCCAAGACUUUAGCUUUAGCUGAUAAACCGGAAAACUAA